UUAUAAGAGAUAAAAGUAGAUGUUAGAAUACAUUUGCUAAUGGUGCUUUGGCGCUGUCUUCAUUUUCCUCCUGUCAGCACAAUGGAGGAACCUGCAAAAAAGAAACAACGUCUUGAGAAUAGUAAUGAUGGAAGAGAAUCAUUCACUGAUAUACAAUGUUUUCAGAACAGUUUAUUAGCUCAAUGUUUAUGCAAUAUACCAGAGAGUAGCUUGCGUAAACCAUUUACCACUGCAACAGUGGAAAUGGCAGAUGGUAGUUUUCGUCCUAUAGUAUUAUCAGAAUGGGAACCUGAUCAUACUUUGGAAUUUCUAAGCGCCUUGCAGCUUCUUUUUGAUUUGGCCAUUAAACAGAAUACAAGAGGCGUUAUGUGCAGUAGAGUUGCGGAUGUUUGUGAUGCGUUAGCACGAAAUGAACAUGGUAUUAUAGAUCAAAUUAUUGAUCUUUCAAGUACAACCAAUAAGUUUAUAUCGUUUGUUGCAAGCAGAGUUUUGGCUUCAUUUUUUAUUGUAACAAAGGACAAUAUUGAAGUUGCUUGGUUGGAGAGACUUACUCAAUCUUUAGUGAAUACUCACUCUCCCAGUCAAAUGGUAUUCACUUUGGAUAUUGUGAAAAGAGUGGUAGAACAUAAAGAUUGCAGCAUUCAUCCAUUGGAAGAGACAGACAGUUUAGUGCCACCGUCCAGUUGUAAUACUAUAACAAUAUCAGACACAGAAAGUUUUGAUAGCACUUCAAUAAAAGCUAUGUGUGUUAAAGUACUAGAAUCUAAAUGGACUAUAUUAGUAUCCAAAUUUGAUGCAAUUCUUGCCUCGUACACACCACAACAUGAGUCUGCUGUUGUAACAUUUUUAGAUUUAUGGGAAUCAAUAAUUUCUGUAAAAGCCAAUUUAUCGGUUAUCGAUACUAAACUUUUUUAUUCUCAAUUAGACAAUUUGGUUCUGUUGCUGAAUGCCAAUGUUCCAGGUAUAAUCUGGAGACAUCUUUUAGGAUUGUUUAAUGAAGUAUUAUGUUAUGGUAGUACAUUAGCACUACAAGAUGUCUUACCUGAUGAACCUUGCUCUCUAGCACAUUUAAUCGUUCGUGCCGUUAAAGAUUGGAGAUUAUUAGAUUCCUUGCCGUAUCGUCAUGGAUCUGGAAGAUUUGGAGGUGGUUCUGGCGAGGGAGACAGACCACUUCUUCAAAAAAUUGUGCUCUUAGUUCUAAAAAGUGUUGCAGUGACUGUUAAGGAAACGCGCAGUGAUUCUAGUGAUUCUUCUUUAGGCUCAGAGGCGGAGGAUCUUGAUGCCGACAUGGCAGUUAUUGAACGAAGUAUCAGAGAAGUUUUAAGACAGCUAGAUCAAUGUGUCAAAACAUUAAUGCCUUUCCAUCCAGAAAUGCCAUUAUCACAAUGGGUUGUACAAAUGUUUCACGAUCAAGAUGAUUUCCUGAUAGAAGGCAUGGUCUGCUGCCUCGAUGUAGCAGUUGGUCUUUUUUAUAGAGGACCACCACAAAAUGAUUUAGGUCAUAUGCUUAGUCCAACAUUAACAUUUAUACAAUUCAUACAUGCUGUAUCUCAUGAUCCAGAUGUUUUAUUAGACUUACUUGUUAGUAAUGAAACUUGUUUUUUAUUGUAUUUACUGAGAUUCUUGAAGUAUAUCAGAAGAAAUUGGCCAGAAUUUGUAUCAUGUUGUGGUAGAGAGUUGGAUGAUACCAUGACAAUAUUAAUAAGACUUCGAUUGGCAAUAGACAGAUUAGUGUCUAAAGCUUUGUUUCCCUAUAACAUCAAUCCAGUUCUCCGUUUAUUAGAAAAGUGUGAAUCCUUUUAUGAAGGUAACAUAGAUAAUUAAUCUUUAAACUGGGGAGAAAUUUUUGAUUGGUCAAUAUAGAUUCAUAAAAUCUAUUUCAAUUUAUUUCAUAUUAUUUAUUGAAAAUAAUAUGGUACAGAUAGAGAAUGAAAAACUUUGGUAAGGAUAAGAAUUGUUAAGUAUAAUGCUUUCUCAUUAAUAAUGAAAAAGAAAUUUUUUUAAUUUAUUAACUCAUCCUCCCCGGUUAACAGGUUAAUUGAUCACUGUAUUAUAAUGAUACAAAAUGUUAAAAACUUAAUUAUUAUUAGCUUAAUGUGUACAAAACUGUUAAGAUAUUUGCAGGUUUGUUCGGUAAGAAGUAAUCUGCGGCAUGUAACUUGGGUGCACUUUUGGUAUAAAGACAAAAUGUACUGUUUAUACGAUAACAUAAAGUUUUAGGUUUGUAAAAUAUGAUGCAACCGAUCAAAUUUUGUUAAAACUUGUUUCAUAUCAUUAGUGCAACAGCAUGCAUUUAACAUAUUACUAUUUAUAAAAAAAAAAAAAAAAAAAAAAAAA